AUGACGCUUUACAUUGGAAACCCGACGAAUGUUAUCGUUGCUCAAGCGUAUAACAUCUCAUUCGUAAAGUAUAGCGCGUGGAUGCUUGGACCGACCAUUGUUUCAAUCAUUCUCGCUUAUAUCUUCCUGAGAAUUGUCUUUAGAAACCCAAAAUUUAUCCCGCAAAAAGUGGACCCGCCAAAACACGACCCCAAAAAUGUAUUAAAAGACAAAAGGGUUUGGGUAGUGACAUUGCCCUUUGCCGUGGUGUCCUUUUCAAAAGACCUUGUUCAUGAUUUGUUGAUUAAAAAGAAAUUCAGAUCAAGCACGGACGAAAUACAUAAGCAAAAAAAUAAGGAAGAAAGUAGUCAAGACACGGUUUUGGAAAAU